AUGUCGGACGAACGUAGAGACCCCAAGGAUCGUGCGCCACGCGUACGAAAUCGAGCGCCAGCUCCCGUUCAGAUCACCUCGGAACAGCUCCUUCGCGAAGCUCAAGAGCGACAGGAACCGGCUAUCAAGCCACCCAAGCAGCGUGUGCAGGAUCUGGAGGAACUGAGAGAAUUCCAGGGAAGAAAGAGGACAGAAUUCGAGGGGCGGAUUAGGUAUUCGCGAGACAGCAUAAGAGCCUGGAUCAAGUAUGCCCAGUUCGAAGCCAGCCAUAACGAGUUUGACCGGGCGAGGUCUGUAUACGAACGGGCGCUGGAUGUUGACCCGCGGUCCGUCGAAGUAUGGCUCAAAUACACCGACAUGGAGCUCAAAGCGCGAAACAUCAACCACGCUCGAAACCUCUUUGACCGAGCCAUCAUCCUCCUCCCCCGCGUAGACCAGCUGUGGUACAAGUACGUCUACCUCGAGGAGCUCCUCCUCAAUAUCGCCGGCGCUCGCCAGAUCUUUGAAAGAUGGAUGCAGUGGGAACCAAACGACAAUGCGUGGAAAUCCUACAUCAAGCUCGAGGAGCGAUACAACGAGCUCGACCGCGCCUCAUCUAUAUACGAACGGUGGAUUGGCGUACGGCCCAUCCCAAAGAACUGGGUGACAUGGGCCAAAUUUGAGGAGGACAGGACGCGGGCGGAUAAGGCGCGGGAGGUGUUCCAGACGGCAUUGGAGUUUUUUGGGGAUGAAGAGGAGCAGGUGGAGAAGGCUCAGGCGGUGUUUGGGGCUUUUGCCAGGAUGGAGACGAGAUUGAAGGAGUUUGACCGGGCGAGAGUGAUUUACAAGUUCGCUCUGGCCCGGCUCCCAAGGUCAAAAUCUGCCAGCUUGUAUGCUCAGUACACCAAGUUUGAGAAGCAACAUGGCGAUAGAUCCGGCGUUGAACUAACCGUCCUCGGGAAGCGGCGGAUCCAAUACGAGGAGGAAUUAGCGUACGAUGGCACCAACUAUGACGCCUGGUUCUCGUUGGCUCGGCUGGAGGAGGACGCCUACCGCGCGGACAAAGAAGAUGGGGAGGAUAUCGAGCCGACGCGGGUCCGGGAGGUGUAUGAGCGGGCGGUGGCCAAUAUUCCGCCGGCGACGGAAAAGCGGUACUGGAGGCGAUACAUCUAUCUCUGGCUCCAAUACGCGGCGUUCGAAGAAAUUGACACGAAAGACUACGAUCGCGCAAGAGACGUUUACAAGGCUGCCAUCAGAAUUGUACCCCACAAGGAAUUUACAUUUGCCAAGCUCUGGCUCGCUUUUGCACACUUUGAAGUCCGCCGAGUCGACAUCAAUGCUGCUCGCAAGGUCCUCGGCGCUGGCGUAGGGAUGUGCCCCAAGCCCAAGCUGUUCUCGGGCUACAUCGAGCUGGAAAUGAGGUUGAGAGAGUUUGACCGAGUUCGGACGCUGUACGAGCGCUUCCUGACAUACGAUCCCUCCCUCAGCUCUGCCUGGAUCCAGUGGACCCAGGUCGAAAGCGCCCUCGAAGACUUUGAGCGUGUCCGCGCCAUCUUUGAGCUCGCAGUCCAACAACCCCUCGAUAUGCCCGAGGUCGUAUGGAAGGCGUUCAUCGACUUUGAGAGUGGCGAAGGCGAGCGAGAACGCGCUAGGAACCUCUACGAGCGGCUUCUCGAGCGGACAUCCCACGUCAAAGUCUGGAUCUCGUUCGCGCUCAUGGAGAUCUCGACCCUCGGAGGCGGAGAAGACGAGGAUGGGAACGAGAUUGAAGGCGAGGCGGGCGUUCCGGCUUUGGCGCGAGAGGUGUUUGAGCGGGGAUACAAGUCGUUGCGUGCGAGAGGCGAGAAGGAAGAUCGUGCACUGCUGCUCGAAGCGUGGAAGAACUUUGAAGACUCGCACGGUUCCGACGCCGACCAGCAACAUGUCCAGGACAUGAUGCCUGCGACUCGCAAGCGGUGGCGGAAGGCCGAGGACGGAAGCGGAUCGCUCGAAGAGUACUGGGACCUCGCCUUCCCCGACGACGAAAAGGACGCCAAUCCGACCACCUUCAAAUUCUUCCAGGCUGCUCAGCAGUGGGCGGCGCAGAAGGGUGCUGGGGCUGGAGUGGGUGGGCUAUCGUACGACAUGCCGGACGAUUCGGAUGAUGAGGACGAAGAGGAAGAGGGUGGGGCAGGGAGUGAUGUGGAAAUGAGCGGAGAAGAAUGA